AUGAAAUCAAAUUUUACAAAAAAAGACAAUUUCAUUUUCCCAUUCAACUUAUUUGACUGGAUCAAGCUAUACAAUGCUUCAGGAAAAAUAGAAAUUUUCUGCGCCAAAAUUGACGUUGAUGAUGCUAUUCUAUUUUGCAAAUGGCUUCCAAUUAUCUACUACGAUGUGAUUGAAGACAUCUAUCAGAGAUAUCAAUUAAUUAAAAAUAAUAAACAUGUAAUGUCAUCCCUUGAAAUGGACAAGAUGCUGCAAAUAGAAAUUGUUCAUGGGUGCAUGGAUAAGGAUGCUUUAUGGGAAACACAAAUAUCAGAAAUUAUAAUUCAUUGCAUCAACCAUCCAGAUGAAUCUACCAAGAUAAAUUAUAAAGCCCUCAUGGAUGAGAAAAGUACUCCUGAAUCCGAUGUUGAAGUUGACAUCUUGAGUAGUACAGUUAAAUGGGUGAGUAACGCUAAUAUUUCAAAAACAAUGAUAAAUAUCUAUGAUAUUGAACAGCUUUUUUCAGGAUCACCAAAUCUUGAUUUGGAUUAUUAA